UUGCCUUUGGAUAGCCUUUCCUGUCUCUGGUCAGAUUUCACGUGCUCUUUAUUCUCAGCUUGUUACUGAAGAGGGAGAAAAGAAAGUUGUAUUAUUGGAACAACUACUAUACAUGGGUGUUUGUCUAAUAAUGUGGGUGAACUUGGCAUAGCAAAAUUUGGAAGAAGCUUUGCUGCUGUAACAUUAAUAUUUGAGAUAAUCAACUCCCUGUUUUCAUUAUGAGGAAACCUUGGACAGUUUUAUUCUUUUUGUCAUCUUUGACUGCAAAUACCUUCAGUUCAAUGAAAAUGGCUGUGCAGGGGAAGAACAGAUGUGACGAGGAGACACUUGUGACCACAAAAACCAAAUGCAGAUCUUGCUCUCUCAAUUAUGAAAUACGGUGUCCUGAAGGUUAUACCAAAAUUACCAAUAGUUCUGGGGUGCCCGACUGCAGGCAUCAUCUUGAAAUCAGGGAUUUCGCUCUCACUCUUCCAGGAUGUCGACAUACCUGUGUGAGGGAAUUGUUGCAGCGUCAGUGUUGCCAGGGAUAUUGGGGGCCAGACUGCCUAGAAUGUCCAGGUGGAGCAGUUUCUCCAUGUAAUAACAAAGGACAUUGCUUUCAUGGGUUUUUUGGGAAUGGAACCUGUACCUGCCAGAAAGGAUUUGCUGGGACUGCCUGUGAAAAAUGUGCAGAAGACAAUCAUUUUGGACCAGACUGUAUUUCAGUAUGCAGCUGUGUUCAUGGAAUAUGCAACAGUGGAAUGACUGGAGAUGGGAAAUGUUCGUGCUUUUCUGGAUACAAAGGUCCUAGAUGUGAUCAAUCCAUUCCUGAAUGUCAAGAAUUGCAGUGUCCAGAAAACUCCCAGUGCUCCAUAUCCAGUGGUAAUGGAAGCCAACUGGAGUGCAGAUGUGUUCCCAGUUAUGACUGGAAUGGUAAACAAUGUCAACCCAUCAAUCCAUGCUCAAAGCCCGUUUGUGAUCCUCAUGCUGAUUGCUUCUACCUGGGACCCAAUAGUCACAAAUGUGUGUGCCAAUAUGGUUACAAAGGAGAUGGCCAAGUUUGUAUGCCAAUAGAUCCUUGCCAAACAAACUUUGGAAAUUGCCCUCCAGAAUCUACAGUCUGUAAAUACAAUGGACCUGGAAAGUCUCACUGUGAAUGCAAAGAACAUUUUGGAAAUUUUUCACCUGGACUAGGAUGUAGUAUGACGGACAUCUGUGCAACUAACAACCCUUGCCAUAAAUAUGCUGAAUGCACAAUGGCUGCACCAGGACAAACUCUAUGUACCUGCCAAAAGGGCUAUGUGGGUGACGGUUUUAUAUGCUAUGGAAAUAUCAUGGAUCAAAUUAGAGAAAUGAAUGCCAAACCUGGAGGACAGUGGCAAGGAAAACUAAUCUCUGCUAUAGAACUCUUUGAAAGUGCAUAUGAAUGGCCACUGACUAGUUUGGGACCCUUCACGGUUCUUGUUCCAACAAAUAAGGGAUUCCAAGGAAUUAAUAUUAAGGAUCUUCUUUCAAACAAGGAAGGUGCCCAGUAUUUUUUGAAACUCCAUAUUUUUGCUGGACAGAUAGAGUUGAAGAAUAUGAAUAAUGCAAGUAUGCUUUAUACACUAACUGGCAAGCCAGCAGACAUAUUAAACAAUGAAAAGGACAAUAUGUUAAAAAUUAGAAUACAUGGAGGCAAGAAGAAAGGGAAGAUCUUACAAGGAGAUAUUGUUGCCUCUAAUGGAAUUGUCCACAUUAUCGACAAAGCUUUGGACAAUGUGGAACCCAGUAUUGCAAGUGACCCAGAGAGAUCAAUAAUGGCAGUGCUUCAAGAUUCACCAAGAUACAGCAGAUUUAGAUCCAUAGUGGAGAACUCUCUGGUGGGACCAAUGUUAGAUAAAUAUCCUGGGCCUAAUACAAUUUUCAUACCUGCCAAUGAUGCUUUGGAGAAUUUGAGGGAUAACGCUCUGGAUUACCUCUUGUCAAGUAAGGGUUCCCGAAAGCUUCGUGAGCUAGUUCAAUAUCACAUUGUUUCUCACACCCAGCUGGAGGUUGCCAGUCUUAUCUCCAUAAGGCACAUUGAAACUAUGGCUCAACAAUUCAUCUAUUUUAACAUCACCGAUAGUGGACAAAUCCUGGUGAAUGGUGUACCAAUAGAAGAAACAGAUAUCACAGCAAAAAAUGGGAAAAUAUACACACUUCGCAGUGUUCUUAUACCUCCAUCUAUAAUCCCAAUUCUGCCACAGAGGUGUGAUGAAGAGAAAACCGAGAUUGUGAUGGGUGCCUGUUUAAAAUGCCAAGUAGCCCACAAGAACAGCUGUCCAAAAGACUCGAAACCUAUUGCUUCCACGGGGACCAGGUGCACUUAUCUUGACCAAACCCAUCUACAAUAUGGAUGUGCUAAGUACUGCAAUAUAACAAAAAAUGAGCCUAACUGUUGCAAAGGUUUCUUUGGCCCAGAUUGUAAGCAAUGUCCUGGUGGCUUUUCGAAUCCAUGUUCAGGAAAUGGUCAGUGUAUGGAUAAACUGAAAGGAAAUGGAACUUGCAUUUGCAAUGUUGGAUUUGAAGGUUCGCUUUGCCAGUUCUGUUCAGACCCCAAUAAAUAUGGGCCACGGUGUGACCAAGCAUGUAAGUGUGUUUAUGGAAAAUGUGACAAUCACAUAGAGAGUGAUGGAACCUGCCUGGCUGGUUCAUGCCAAAGUGGCUAUGCUGGAAAAUUCUGUGACACACAGAUGUUUCCAUGUGGAAACUAUCUUCAGUUCUGCCAUGCACAUGCUGAUUGUAUGUUUAGUAAUGGUGCCAUGAGCUGUGUUUGCAAACCCGGCUAUGAAGGCGAUGGAAUAAUUUGCAGUGAAGUAGAUCCUUGUGCUAAUGUAAUUCCACAUGGCUGCAGUGAUAAUGCAGAAUGUAUCAAGACUGGUCCUGGAACCCAUGAAUGUGUGUGCCAACCAGGAUGGACAGGAAAUGGAAGAGACUGUUCAGAAAUCAACAAUUGCCUCCUGCCAAAUUUUGGAGGGUGUCAUAAUAAUGCUACUUGCCUGUAUAUAGGUCCAGGACAGAAUGACUGUGAAUGUAAAACAGGAUUUCGGGGCAAUGGAUAUGAAUGUGAACCAAUAAAUUCUUGUCUGGAACAAAGUGAGAAGUGCCACCCUCUGGCAGUAUGUCAGCUCACAUCUUCUGGAGUCUGGGAAUGUGUUUGUUCAGAAGGCUACAAAGGAGAUGGCAGCAUAUGCUAUGGUAAUGCAGUGGAGGAACUUUCUUCUCUAUCAGAAGCUGCUGGAUUUAAUGAGUGGAUUGAUACAGCUGCGCUGAAGACACUUCUGACAGAUGCAGCCAAUCUAACCAUUCUUGUGCCCUCUCGCCAAGCAAUUCAGAACAUGGACCAAGAAGAGAAAGAUUUUUGGAUGUCAAAAGACAAUAUAUUGACCCUUACAAAGCACCAUAUAUUAGAAGGAGCAUACACAGUUGAUGAUCUGCAACACUUGUCAUCAUUGAAGAGGACAGCAACGUCUUUGCAUGGCAACUUCUUGUCAUUGUCCAAGAGAAGUGGAGAUGUGUCAAUUGCUGGAGCAAACAUUUUAGCUGGUGAUAUUGCAGCAACAAAUGGGAUUAUCCAUGUAGUGGAUAAGGUUUUGACACCCCUCAGUGGAGUGAGUGGCACUUUGCCAAAAUUGGUCCCCCGCUUAGAACAGAUGCCAGAUUACUCCAUUUUCAGGGGCUACAUAAUUCAAUAUAACUUGGCAAGUGAAAUUGAAGCAGCUAGCACCUACACCAUUUUUGCCCCAAGCAAUGAUGCCAUUGAGGAUUAUCUGAAGGCGAGACACUCAGUUUCUCUGGAUGAAAGCCAGAUCCGGUACCAUAUUAUUCUCAAGGAGAAGCUCUUGAAGAACGACAUGCAUAAUGGGAUGUUCAGGGAAACCAUGCUUGGAAUGUCAUUUAGAGUGGGAUUCUUCAUUCAUGAUGCCCAGCUCUACGUUAACGAGGCACCUAUAAAUUACCCAAAUGUGGCAACGGAUAAAGGAAUAAUCCAUGGCGUAGGAAAAGUAAUGGAAAUUGAGAAGAACAGAUGUGAUAUUAAUGACACUGUGAUUAUAAAUGGGAAAUGUAAAUCCUGUUCAUACACACAUGGCUGCCCUCCUGGAACUACACCCGUGCCAGGCAAGAAGGAGGUCUGCUUUUAUCUCCAUUACUAUAGGAUGUCUCUUCAUCCUGGAUGCCAGCGAAAAUGUGCUAAAACCAUAACUAUCAGGGAAUGCUGUGCAGGUUUCUUUGGUUCUCAAUGUGAACCUUGUCCAGGAUUGUCUGGAAAUACUUGCUUGGGCAAUGGGAUUUGCUUGGAUGGCAUCAAUGGCACAGGCUCCUGUGAGUGUGAAGCUGGAUUCGAAGGAGUUGCCUGUGAUCGAUGUGUCAAAGGAAAAUAUGGUAUCAGCUGUGAUCAAGAAUGUGUCUGUGCCCAUGGGAGAUGUAACAGCGGCACUAAAGGAGAUGGCACUUGUGAAUGUGAUGUUGGCUGGAGAGGUGUGACAUGUGAGACUGAAAUCAAAGAUGAUGAAUGCAACAGUACCUGCCACACCAGUGCCAACUGCUUUCUCAAUCCUGGAGGCAAAGCAUAUUGCCAGUGUGCAGCUGGGUUUAAAGGAAAUGGAACAUAUUGUACAGCUAUCAAUGCAUGUGAAACAAGCAAUGGUGGCUGCUCUGCCAAAGCAAUAUGUAAACGUACCACCCCAGGAAACAGAGUAUGUGCCUGCAAAGCAGGUUACACUGGAGAUGGAAUAGUCUGCUUUGAAAUUAAUCCCUGCUUAGUGAAUAAUGGUGGCUGUGAUAAAAAUGCAGAGUGCACUCACACUGGACCUGAUCAGGCAGCUUGUAAUUGCUUAAAAGGGUAUUCUGGGGAUGGCAAAACCUGCACCUACAUCAGUCCAUGUUCAUUUAAUAAUGGUGGCUGUGGGGAAAAUGCAUACUGCAAUGAUACAGCAGAGUCAGAAAGGACCUGUACCUGUAAACCUAAUUAUAUUGGAGAUGGAUUCACUUGCAGAGGCAGCAUUGCCAUGGAGCUUUUGACGAAUUACAAUAUUACUCGAUUUAAUGGAUACUUGAUGGAUGCUGGUGUUAGAGACUUAUCUAGAAUGGGCCCUUUCACUGUCUUUGUACCAAGCAAAGAGGCAUUUAUAGCUGAACUAAUAGUUAAUGACUGGGUUUCCAAAGGUGCCAUGCCCCAGAUUCUUCGAAACCAUGUUGUAUCAUGUGCAGGGCUGCUCUAUAAUGACCUGACAUCUGAUAAAACUGUCACCACUCUUCACGGAGAUCAGCUGAAGAUCACAUUUUCACAGAAUUCAGUUUUUUUGAACGGCAAAGCUAAGAUUCUAACCAGUGAUCUGAUCUGCACAAAUGGAGUGAUACACAUCAUAGAUAAGAUCCUGAUUCCACAGAGGAUUCAGGAUUUCCCACGAGUGCAGUCAAAGCCUGUAAAGGAAAACCUCAAAAUUGUUGCAGCAAAAAAUGGAUACAUCCUCUUCUACAACAUCUUAGAGAGUUCAGGAUUGAUUAGUCUCAUUGAUGACCCUCUUCAUCAACCCAUCACCCUAUUCUGGCCCACUGACAGCGUAAUCAGGGGUCUCCCCAAGGAUCAGCAGGAUUUGCUGUUCAAAAUGUCUGACAAGGAAAAGCUGCUGCAGUACUUGAAAUUCCACAUUAUUGGAAGUGCUAAGAUUUUUGCCCAUGCCCUUCCUACUGCUGAUUCAUUGAAGACACUUCAGGGCUCUGAUCUCACUGUGAAAUGCGGUGAUGAUGAUACAAAUACUGGUGAAUUGUUCCUCAAUGGAAGGUGCAAAAUAAUACAAAGGCAAUUGGAGUUUGCUGAUGGUCUUGCUUACGGGAUUGACUGUAUGUUAGUAGAUCCUGUCCUUGGAGGUCGUUGUGACACUUUCCUCACUUCUCAGUUACCGGGAGAUUGCAUUAGUUGCUUCAGAACCUUUCAGUGUCCUUCUGGGAGCAAAGUGGUGGGAGAAGUACAGCGAUGCCCUUACACUAUCGGUCAUCGAAUCCUGUCAGGCUGUCGGAAAUCUUGCUCAAUGGUGGUCAGGGUACCACAGUGUUGCAAGGGGUACUUUGGGAAUGAGUGCCAAGCCUGCCCAGGAGGACCAGAAGGUCCAUGUAAUAACCGUGGUAGCUGUAAUGAAGGAUAUGCUGGUACAGGGGAAUGCUCGUGUAACAGUGGUUUCAAUGGUACUUCAUGUGAACUCUGCCUACCUGGAAGAUAUGGUUUGGAUUGCAAAUCCUGUGAAUGCACCUUACACGGACAAUGUGAUGAAGGGAGUUCUGGCUCAGGACAAUGUUUCUGUGAAACUGGAUGGACUGGACGGCUCUGUGAGACCAAACUUGCCUCAUCUCCAGUGUGCUCACCCAACUGUUCCAUAAAUGCAGUGUGCAAAGAAUUUAAUACCUGCCAAUGCAAGCCUUAUUACAGUGGAGACGGAAUCACCUGUACAGCCGACAACCUCUGUAAGAAAGCCAAUGGUGGCUGUCAUAAGAAUGCAAAAUGUCUUCAAACUGGUGUGAAAGUCAAUUGCACAUGUCAGAAAGGUUACACAGGAGACGGCUACAGCUGCACUGCUAUCAACCCUUGCGCAGAUGGACUCAAUGGUGGCUGCGAUGAACAUGCUACUUGUACAAUGACAGGGCCUGAUAAACGUAAGUGUGAAUGCAAGGACAACUAUGUUGGUGAUGGAUUGACUUGUGAAGUGAAAAAAUUACCAGUGGACAGAUGUUUACAAGAUCAUGGACAAUGUCAUGCUGAUGCUGACUGUGCUGAUCUUCAUUUUCAGGAUGCUACUGUAGGAGUUUUUCAUGUAUGCUCUCAAAAGGGACAGUAUAAGCUGACCUUCAGUCAAGCAAAUAAGACCUGUGCAGAUGAAGGAGCAACGAUAGCUACAUAUGCUCAGCUUGUUUAUGCUCAGAAGGCAAACUAUCAUAUGUGUGCCGCUGGCUGGCUGGCUGAUGGCAGGGCAGCGUAUCCCACAGCCUUUCCUUCUCCAAAAUGUGGUGGAGGAGUUGUUGGAAUUAUUGACUAUGGGCCCCGAAUCAACAAGAGUGAAACCUGGGAUGUCUUCUGUUACAGAGUCAAGGAUGUCAACUGCACCUGCAAAACAGGUUACGUGGGUGAUGGAUUUAGAUGUAGUGGAAACCUGCUUCAAGUCCUUGUCUCUUUCCCAAUGUUUCAAAACUUUAUGUCGAAAGUUUGGACUUACUCCAAUUCCUCAAAGAACGGACAAGAAUUCUUGAACUACCUCACCAAUUUGUCUAUCAAUGCAACACUGUUUGUACCGAACAAUGAUGGGCUAAAAGAAAAUGAGACACUUUCUGGAAGAGACAUUGAAUAUCAUUUAUCCAACACUGGCACACUUUAUUAUGAAGAUUUGGCCAAUGGAACUACGCUUCAAACUAGAAUAGGGAAAAUGCUAUUAAUUACACACAGUGAAGACAAGGCGUAUCGGAUUUCUGCAGCUGAAAAGAAAGAAACAAAGUAUGUGGAUGGAAAAACUAUCUUGGAAUGGGACAUAAUUGCUUCCAAUGGGGUCAUCCAUGUUAUUGCCACACCUCUAAAGGCACCUGCUAUACCUUCUGCCUUACAUGCUGGAGUUGCGUUGUUUGUAGUUCUUCUGAUAAUUGGAAUUGUUGCUCUUGUGGGAUAUUCAUACUUCAGAUUUAAGCAAAGAACUAUUCGCUUCCAGCAUUUUGAGGAAAAAUAUGACAUUGAUGUAACAACACUGGACAAGGCACAGUCCUCAAGCAUCUCUAACCCUAACUAUGAAUAUUCUCCACCAGAUUCUUCUUCUAAUCCAUUUUCUGUUUCUGAUGAACAACAGCUGGUGAACAGUAGUCCCCUUGAGGAGCUCUGAGCUGCAAAGCUGCCUAAGAAAGAAAUGGUCUGCAAGAAUAUAACUGAAAGAUACAUGGCAGUUUGAGUGAUGGGUCUUUGAAAAGUAUAGAAAAUUCUCAACAGUGAAGGCAGCCUGGUUUUCUUAGAAUCCUAAUUGUACAGUAGCUGUUUUCCCAAGAUCAAAUGAUUUGAACAGAUGUUCCUGAUAUCAUAAUUUGAGGCUUCCCACAAGCAUAUAUCUUGCCACUGUGUGCUCAGGAUUUUGCUUCUUUCUUAUAUCAUAAUUUGGAGCUAAGCAUGGGAUUAGGAUGUUUCUCCCAUUGGUUGCGGAAGUAGCUAAUGUUACAUAUUUUAAACAUUCUUUAAUACAAGGUUCAAAUUCCUGCUCAGCCAUGGAAACUCAUUGGGAGACCUUGGGCAAGGCACUCUCUCUCUCAGCCUCCAAGGAAGCACAAUCCCACUCUGAACAAAUAUUGCUGACAAAACUCCAUGACAGCUUCACUUUUGGGUCAACUAUAUAUCAGAAAUGACUUGAAGGCACACAAUACAAUUUGAUCACAGCAGUGCUGAACCACAUGAUGCUGUAAGAAUCCUUCAUGAAAUUUCUAUUAAGAUAACAAGGAAGAUUGAGUUGUUCUUGAGCUACAGCAGAGAAGUAUUACAACUUUCAGAUUCUAUAUGGAUGCACUUGGAAAGAUUGUUUUUUUAAAAACCCAAACAAAUAAAACUAUAAUUAAAAAUUA